AUGGCCCCCAAGAUCGCCAUCAUCUACUACUCCAUGUACGGCCAUGUUGCCCAGCUGGCUCAAGCAGAGAAGAAGGGCAUUGAAGAGGCCGGUGGCACUGCUGAUAUCUACCAAAUCGAGGAAACCCUCCCCCAGGAGGUCCUGAGCAAAAUGCACGCGCCAGGCAUGAACAAGGACGUCCCCGUCGCUACCCCCGAGAUCUUGCUCAAGUACGACGCUUUCCUCUUCGGCAUUGCCACCCGUUACGGCACAUACUCGGCCCAGUGGAAGACCUUCAUCGAUAGACUCGGUGGACACUGGCAGACCGGAGCGCUCUUUGGAAAAUACUUUGGCCUGUUCAUCAGCACCGCCACUCUCGGUGGUGGCCAAGAGACCACAGCCAUCACGGCUCUCUCGUCCUGGGUUCAUCAGGGCAUGAUCUACGUUCCCCUUGGUUAUGCCAAAGCCUUCCCCAUCAUGGCCGACCUCAGCGCAGCUCGUGGCGGUAGCCCAUGGGGUGCAGGGACAUUCGCUGCUGGUGAUGGCUCCAGACAGCCUUCGGCUCCCGAAUUGGAGCUUGCCACCAUCCAGGGCAAGUCCUUCUACGAGCACCUCAGCAAGGUCAGCUUUGCGUGA